AAAAAACAUCCAGUGGGACCCAAGCCAUGGCCCGUGAUCGGAAACUUGUUUAUCUUCUCGAAAAUAGCCGACACCAAGGACCAAACACUUGCCUCACUGACAAAAGAAUUCGGUGGUCUUUGCAUGCUCUGGCUAUUCUCGCAGCCAAUGUUGAUUGUGAACAAGCUGGCAGAUGCUAAAGAAUUGAUGGAUAAGCGAGGAGCCAUCUUCUCCGACAGGCCAAAAAUGAAUAUCUUCGUAGAAAGGGUUUGGCCAAACAUGUUGCCACUCAAAGGCAUUGGAGAAGACUUCAGAUUUUUGAGGCGGGUCUAUAUCGAUUUGCUCAGCGCCAAAACAUCACAAUCAGUGAGAAAGUAUCAAGAAUACGAGUCGAGAAUGAUGCUUCGUGAUUUAUAUAACGCUCCUGAAGAUUUUAGAGCCCAUACGGAACGAUAUUCAAUGAGCGUGAUUUUUAGUGCGGUAUAUGGAGUAAGAAUCAGCCGGCUCGACUAUCCAAUUAUUGACGAACUCUUCAAUAUUAUAGACUCUGUGAUAAAACACUUUCUGCCGGGAAGCUUGCUGGUUGACUAUCUACCAAUUCUCGAGAGACUACCUGAGUAUCUCCAGCCCUGGCUUUGGACUGCGAAAUCCUUACGCAGUCGUGAAGAUGCGCUUCACAAUGGUUUUUUAGCCGUCCUCAAAAAACGGAUAGAGGCUGGAGCGGAAUCCUAUUGCUUUGGUAUUGAUGUUUUGAAACUUCAACAGAAAAGUGGACUUGACGAUAAACUUACGCUAGACAUUCUUAAAGCAAUAAUUGUGGUUGGUUCCGAAACAACCAGCAGCAUGAUGCAAUCUGCUUUCAAAGUCUUGGCCAUGAAUCCUGAGGCCCAAAAAAAGGCACAAGAAGAACUGGACCGGGUAGUAGGACCAUUACGCCUGCCAACCUGGGAAGAUAGUUCCAACCUUCCCUACAUUCGGGCCCUCAUAAAAGAGCUUCAUAGAUUUGCUCCUCUUUUCGCUAUUGGGCUGCCACAUGCUUCUACAGAAGAAGUCAGCUACAAGGGACUCACGAUUCCAAAAACCACUGUAAUGCCGAAUAUGCUUGCUCUUUCAAGAGAUCCUGAACGAUACGACGAUCCGGAUAAGUUUGAACCGGAGCGAUUUCUUGGCGAUGAUCUUGACGCUUUCACUAGCGCUAAACAGGCAGAUUUCCACAAGCGAGACCAUGUCAACUAUGGCUGGGGUCGUCGACUCUGCCAAGGCAUUCAUCUUGCUGAAAAUUCGAUAUACAUGCAAAUUUCUCGUCUUCUGUGGGCGUUCGACAUU